AGAAAUAACAGUUAUAAAGUUUGCUACGUUUAGUUAGCUUUUAAAGGAUAAGGUUAGAUUUGUUUCGUUAAAUUAUCACAUUACAUAUUUCAUCUUGAAAGUUGGAUAUAAAUUCAUGAUAACGGGGUAACGUUUCUGCGUUUAAUUUUAAAAUUAACGUCAGGAUAUGUCAGAACAUAGUAACGAUAAGCCUGUACCGAAACCACUAGCAACCCCUAAUAUCGGUAUACCUUCAACUCGGAUCCCAAGCAAAAUAAAACCCCCAAAGAUGAAUAGCCUUCAUCCAGCUGUAGUUCACAUACAAAGCAAAGAGCCAGGAAACCAAGAUGAAAAUGCUCCAUCUCAGGCAAAAAGACCCAAAAUGGAUCCUCCACGAUAUCCACCUCCAUUAUCCAAACCGGCAGGGACAGGUUUGAAGCGUGCUCAUUCAGCUUUAAGCUUGAACGUGUCUACAUGUAGCUCUACAAUUUCUGUAGCUCGGGGUAGAUCUGAAAAGAAAGCACCUUUAGGUCCUUCUGUUGUAAACAGAGUAACUACAAAUGUUAAGGCUAGUGUACCACCAGCUAAAAGUAAGAAGACUAAACGGCCAGCUUGGGAUCUGAAAGGAAGGAUACAGGAUAUUGAGGAACAGUUCUUGGUUUCUCGGAAGACAAAUGAUGAACUGAUAUCCCAGCUAAAAUUGAAUGAAGAGCGAAUUGCAUUGUUAGAGGGCCUCAACAGUGAACUUAGCCAAGAUGUUCAGUGUAAAGAAUCAAAAACACAAGAAGCUAAUGAAGUUCUGGAGCAGCUUCAAAAAUCUUUGAGGGAAAAAGAAGAAAAAUUAACUACAGUGAGAACUAGAAAAGAAAGCUUGGAAAAUCAAGUAAAUACCCUCCAGCAAGAAUGUACAGGUCUCCAGUCAACAAUAGGACAGCUCACAAGUGCUCAGGCUGGAUUGCAGGCUCACUUAGAAGCCACUAAAGUUAUACUACAACAAGCCCAAGCAGAAAAUGAAGCACAGAAAAAAAUGAUUCAAGAAUUACAAGCCAAGCUUUAUGAUAAAGAAAAUAAAAUCUGUGUUCUUGAAACCAGAACCCGACAGGAUGAACAGACUCGCCGUAAGCUACACAACAUCAUACAAGAACUUAAGGGAAACAUACGAGUGUUUUGCAGAGUUAGACCUCUUCUUCCAAAUGAACUGGAUGAAAUUCCCGAAGAGCACAUUCCUCAUAUUGCAUUUCCUGAUCCUGAUAAUAGGGAAGUCCAGCUGAUGAGAUUAAGUGACAUUAGCUUGAAUGAAAGCUCUGUCGUGGGAAAAACCAAAACACCUGUUAAGUAUGACUUCACAUUUGACCGAGUUUUUUGCCCUUUAAGCAACCAGAGUGAAGUGUUUGAUGAGAUAUCUCAACUUGUACAGUCAUCUCUUGAUGGCUAUAAUGUCUGUAUUUUUGCUUAUGGGCAGACAGGCUCAGGGAAGACUUAUACUAUGGAAGGCCCUGAAGAACUGGAUCUCACUUUAGAUCUGGACAGCCCUUGCCUCGGCAUGAUCCCUAGAGCCGUUCAACAGAUUUUCUCUACUGAACAGGAACUUCAAAAAAAGGGCUGGCAGUAUAAGAUGGACUCUUAUUUCCUUGAAAUAUAUAAUGAAGUAAUACAUGACCUUCUGGUGGACAGUCCAUCUGACAACUCUGUCAAACACGAAAUCAAGAUGGUUGGGAAAGGAUCUGAAUUAUAUGUGACCAAUCUUACCACAGUGAUUGUGAAGACAGAAAAAAGGAUUCAUCAGUUGCUUAAGAAAGCGAGAAAAAAUAGGGCUGUAGCAGCUACGAAAUGUAAUCAGCACUCGUCAAGAUCCCAUUCGGUUUUCAGGAUAAAACUUUCUGGAAACAACAGCAUCACAGGAGAAACUUGUGAAGGUACUUUGAAUCUGGUGGAUCUGGCUGGGAGUGAGAGGCUUAAAGAUUCCGGAUCUGAAGGCCAGCGGCUAGAAGAGACUAAAAACAUCAAUCGUUCAUUGGCAAACCUUGGUAAUGUCAUCAUGGCAUUGUCUCAGAAGGCAGAUCACAUUCCAUACCGAAACAGCAAGCUUACCCACCUGCUCAUGAACUCUCUUGGUGGAAAUAGCAAAGUCCUUAUGUUUGUGAAUGUAUCUCCAAAAGAAGAACACUUUAAUGAAACAUUAAAUUCCUUGAGAUUUGCAACAAAGGUUAAUCAGUGCCAGAUUGGAACAGCUCAUAAGAAAGUGAAGUAAGAGGUACAUAGAUCCACCAACAGAAGCACUAGCCACAGCUCUCAUUCUGGCUAUCACCAAAGUUGUGCAUGGAAAAUGCAUUUCAUUUAAUUUGAUUCUGAAAUAUAACCAAUUUAUACAUGUCAUGCAUUUUUUUGUUUUUCUUAUCAUUAUAAAAAGUAUUGUAAAACUUAAAAAGAUGUACAUAUAUGAAUUUAGGAUCUCAGUGUUGCUAUUUGGUUGAUUGUAAUGCAAUGUUGCAUCCCUUAAAAUCUUUUUCUAUAAAGCAAAAAUGUUGACUGUAUGAAAGGAAGUUAGGUGAUAAGAUUUGAAUAUUUUACAGAGAAGGAUUGUGUUAUUCAAUACAAGUGUACAAUUUUACUUGGGAAACCAUAAUAAUUCAUGAUUUUGUUAAUAUUAAGCUUCAUAAUUGACUAUAUGAAACCUAUGCAUUUCACAUUAUUUCUCUGAAACACUGUAGAUAUAUUCUUGAAAAUAACAUUAUCAAGAAAGUAAUACAACUAAGCUAACAAGAGUUUUGAAAUAAUAACACUAACUUUAUUGCUCCUGAAGUUUAUCUGGAAAUAAAAUCUUUGAAAAGUAGGCUUGGUGUUUUAGAAAAUGAACUUAUAUUGUUUGAGAAUAUAUCAAAUGAAGCUUUUUCCCAUGUCUUUAACAAUGUGUUUUUACUUAAAAUUUUAAGCAUCAGCUUAUAGUUAUAAAAAUAUACAAUAAUUUACUUUUUACUUGUCAUUUCAGCUCUAGAAAUAAAUGGAUGUCAAACCUUUUUAAUCUAUAGUAAGAUUGCAGUUGUACAUCAUCCUAGUUCAUUUUUAAUACUUCAGCCAAUAGGAUUAAUCUUUUAAUAAUACAAGCCAUUGUUACAAUUCAUAACUAUUUUAGUAAUUUAUUUAAAUAAUCAAUAGUAUUUGCUGACCUCAUUUGGAAAUGUAGCUUGUAGCAGAAACUGGAUUAACUUGCAAAAUUUCAACUAUCAUACUUUCCUGAUAAUUUGAUGGUAAAACAUUUGUAAUGUUUUUUAUGUUUAGCGGGAUUCUGUCAAAUAAUGUCAUUAGAAUUUGAUAUGUCUGUCAGACAUUUUUACAUGUAUUAUAAUGUAAGUCUUUAACUUCUUAUAUUUUAAAAUAUAUAUUAUAAUUAGCAAAAAUCACAACAGUAACAUUAAAACCAGCUGGCAGAUCGUGUUGUUACACUGAUAUAUUGAUAUAGUAAUCCCAUAUUGUUUAGGUCAGCUGUAAUUCACUUUAAUGUUCAACACCUUAUACAAACUAGUUGAUUCUCUGGAUAUCUGAUUUAUAUAUUUAGGGUAAUAUUUGUAAAUGCCUUUUUUGACAUUGAUAUACAUUAAAUCAAAAAAAUAAAAUUUCUGAGGUUUAAAGACUAAAGCAUUCUCACAAUUAGUGCAAAAAAACAUAAAAGUUUAAAUUUGAUGAUGAAUUUGUGUGCAAUUCAGUUAUGUUUGCAAUCAGAAAAUGUUUAUAUCCAUAUGAAAACUAGUUAAGAAAAACACUUACAAGAAAAGGUGAAACCAUUAUUUGGAUUUACUAGAAAGAAUUAAGGAAAAUCUAUAAAUUUCAGUUUAAUUGUUUAAAGUAUUAUAUAACUGUAAGGUGUUAGAAUAAAAUUCAUAUUUGUGUACAACAUACAGUUUUAUUAUAUUUUAUAGAUAACAUGUGCAAGACAAAAUGUAGUCAGAUAGACUUAAACAUCUUUUAAAGGAAUAAUCACAUUGCUUUCUCGUACAGUAAUGUAAAUUUUUCAAUGAAAUAACAAUUAUAAUCCUGCUGAUCAAAAAAUGGGAUUACUGAACAUGGGUUUUUAAAACUUUGUUCAUGAUAAUGCUGCCCUAACUAUAGAAACUAAUUUACAACCUCUGUGCAAGAUCUUCGACUAAUGCUUGUGUUUUUUCAUAAUCCUCUUUACAGUUAAAUAGCAUCUUUUUUUAUUUUUUCACAAUAAAAUCUUGGAUUACUUAAUGUUGCAGUAAGCAUAUCAAAUACUAAUAAAUAAGGCAAGGGCUUACAUAUUAAUGUGACCUGGUUGCAUUUAACAAGUUUUUAAAUGUUAAUUCAGUUCUUAUAGUGUCAUGCAAAUACCUACAUCAAACCUCUGUUUUAUUGGGAUUAAAAAACAAUCAAAAUGACAGCUCUAAAUAACUUUAUUUUAAAAUUUCGGAAACUAGUUGUUAUUUUGUUUUUUGGAAGUAUCUUAAAUACCAGCGAAGUGCAAAAGUUAACAUUUGUGGGAAUCAGUUCAUAGUAAAUUAGUUUAUUGAAGUAUUUGCCCAUUAAUUAAAGUAUCGGGU